AUGCAGCGGUGGCCAGUGCUGCUCUUCUUGGCCUGGGUCUGCUUUCUCUUUUUUGCUGGUAUCGGGCUCUUCAUGAGCGGCUUCCUGCUCACCCGGAUUGAGCUUGCCAGCAGCAGUUCCUGCUCAGACCCGCUCGUGCCGCCACUCUGGGAGAGGCAGAGCCUCCCACCGGGCUCCUGUUGGGCACCCCAGCGCUUUUCCAAGGCCGUGCUUGUCAUCAUCGAUGCUCUCCGUUUCGAGUUUGCCCACUUUAACCCAGCCAAGGCCAGCCCGCUGCCCUAUGAGAACAAGCUGAGCUUCCUGCACCACCUCGCAACCUCCCAGCCCCGCCAUGCCCGCCUCUACCGCUUCCGAGCCGAUCCCCCCACCGCCACCAUGCAGCGCAUCAAGGGCCUCACCACCGGCUCGCUGCCCACUUUCAUCGAUGUGGGCAGCAACUUUGCCACCUACGCGAUCCAGGAGGACAACCUGCUGGCACAGCUGGUGCAGAACGGAAGGAGAGUGGUCUUCAUGGGUGAUGACACUUGGGAAGGACUCUUCCCAAAGAAGUUUUUCCGCUCCUAUUUCUUCCCUUCUUUUAACGUGAAGGAUCUUCACACUGUGGAUGAUGGGAUCCUGCAGCAUCUCUAUCCGACUGUGGACAGUGGUGAAUGGGAUGUGCUGAUUGCUCACUUCCUCGGCGUGGACCACUGUGGGCACAAACAUGGACCUGACCAUCCCGAAAUGGCUAAGAAGCUCACCCAGAUGAAUGAGAUGCUCAGGUCCUUGGUGGAUCAUCUGGGGAAUGACACCCUUCUUCUGGUGGCUGGAGACCACGGCAUGACAGAGACCGGAGACCAUGGUGGCGACAGUGAGAAGGAAGUGAAUGCAGCACUGUUUGUCUACAGCAAAACACCCCUCUUUGGCACUGGCCCUCCAGAGGAGCCUGAGGCCAUUCCCCAGGUGAACCUGGUGCCCACUGUGGCCCUGCUGCUGGGUGUUCCCAUCCCCUACAGUAACAUCGGGGAGGUGAUGGCUGAGCUGUUCUCCGGGGACGGCGACGCUGUGUCUGCAGCCCUGCAGCAGCUCUCGGUCUAUCACAUCAACGCCAAGCAGGUGGACCGCUUCCUGCACUCCUACUCGCUGGUGGCUCAGGAUCUGCCAGCAGAGCAGCUCCAGCGCCUGCAGGAGCUCUUCUCUGGCGCUGUGGAGGAGCACACUCAGCUCUUGGCCCAGGUGCAGGGGGCGACGCUGGUGCCUCCGGAGCUGGAGUCCAGGCUGGGAAGCCUCAUCGGUCGCUUCCAGCUCUACCUGCAGGAGGCACGGGCUGUGUGCACCCAGUCCUGGGCCCGCUUCCAUCCCCUACGUAUGGUGGGCGGCUGCACCCUUAUUGCUGCUUCCUGCUUGCUCUGCUACGUGGCCUCAGAGCUGGCCGCAGCAUCGGACUCUUUCUAUCGCAGCUGCCUCCUCUACCCGCUGCUUUGGGGCCUCGUGGUGGCUGUUGUGCUUUGGCUGGCCUGUGCGUUCACCCAGGAGGGGCUGGAUCUCCUCCUGGUGUCAUCAUGGGCAGCUGCAGCUUCUCAGCUGGGUUUUUUCUGGCACUGGUGGGGCUGGCAUCCCAAGCGAGCCCGUUUGGUGGGCAGUCAGCCACCCCUAGCCAGCAUUGGCCUGAGGCAGAGGCUGCGAGCGUGGCUGGGGCUGGCCUUCCCCAUGGGCAUUCUCCUCUUCCGCUGCGGAGCUAUGUUCUCCGAUAGUUUUGUGGUGGCCGAGGCCCGGGUGGCCCCAUUCCUGCUGGCCUCGCUGGUGAUGUUGCUAGUAGGGAAGCUCCACUGGGACGGUCGCCUGACUGUGCCAGAAGGCCCGAAGCAGCAGCUCCUUGGCUUUUCUUCUUACCGGAGAGAGAUCUGGUACCUGCUGUGCCUCGUGGCCACGCUCCUGAUCUGCGUGCGCCUCUCCGGUUUCUUCCACCAGUGCCGCGAAGAAAUCCCUCAGUGCCGGCCCUCUGUUUUCCUGUCCCCCCUUGCCAGCUUGAGAAACACACGGGCCAAGAACCUCUUCUACCUCCUGUGCGUGGCCUUGCUGGCCGGGCUGGUCUAUGCAGUGCGGAGCUGGCUGCGACACUACGGCAACCUGAACAGCUCGGACCCCCUCGUGCUCUUUGUGCGCUGGGGCUUCCCACUGGUGGUCCUCUGCAUUGCCUGCUACUGGGCCGUUGCCUCCAGCACUGAUGACUCUCUUGGCAAGCUGCAGGAGCUGGUGCAGGUGGCAGUUGUUGCCUUUCCGUGGGCUGUCUAUGGACUAGCAUCGGUGGGGCUGCUGCUCCUGCUGUGCAAUCCCAUGACGGUGUUCGCAAAGGACACACGGGAGUCAGCAGGAUCCAUCGUCACUCCCUACCUGGGGGUUCCCAGCUCUGAAGUCGACUUCCUCCACGUCAUCCCUCAGAUCUACAAGAGAAUGCAGGAGUCUCAGAAGAGCCGCCUGGAGCGGGGCAGCUGCAGGGCCACCGUCGCAGCAUACGGACUGGGCAGCGUGUACUCGGCAGCCCUGGUCAUAGCACUCACCCUGCUGGGCUUCCUCUUGAUGCUUCUGCACAGUGAGCGGCUGAGUCUCGCCUUCCUGCUCCUCUUUCUGGAGGCCUUUGUACUGCUGCAUGUCCACACAUGUGCCAGAGGCCUUGCUGGAGAUGCUGAGCCUUUUUCGGUGCCCUGGUACGCAGUCAUCUCCUGGCUCCUUGCCGCUUCCCAGUUCUUCUAUUCCACAGGCCACCAGCCCAUCUUUCCGGCCAUCCACUGGAAUGCAGCCUUUGUGGGCUUCCACCUCGACCACAGCACGAACCUCCUGCCCGCUGUCCUGGUGGGCGCCAACACCUUUGCCUCCCAUAUCCUCUUUGCAGUUGGCUGCCCUUUGCUCCUGCUUUGGCCCUUUGUGUGUGAGAUACCCAGCUCGCAGAGGAAGAAGCCCAAGAAGGAGCCCCGGGAGGAGCUGCAGGAGGUGGAGGAGCACAGGAUGGAGAUGAGGCUGCGGGAGUCCCCAGAGAAGUUCUCCACCGCUCUGCUGCAGCUGGGGCUGAAGUACCUCUUUGUCCUUGGGACACAGCUUCUGGCCUGUGUUUGUGCAGCGAUGAUCCUCAGGAGGCAUCUCAUGGUCUGGAAGGUCUUUGCCCCAAAGUUCCUCUUUGAGUCGCUGGGCUUCGUGGUGAGCAGCAUCUGCCUCCUGCUGGGGAUCUCCCUGGUGAUGCGUGUGGACUGUGCCGUCAGCACAUGGUUCAGCCAGCUUAAGCUCAGGUAGCGUCGGAGGUGUGGGGAACCUGACCUGCUCGUCGGCCGAGGCUGUGGUUGUCUCCCUGCCUCCCUGGGGCCGGGAGGGAUACACGAGCCACCAGCAACGAGUGCCUGCCGACAGCAGUCAGGGAUUAUCCCCAGCUUCCUGCCUCAGCACUGCACAAAAGGACCUGAGCCAACUGUUCCCUGCUCAUCGCGGUGGUGUUUCUCAGCAGUGGAGGUCAGAGCUCUCGUUGGGCGUUUGUUGCAGCAGGAGGACUCUGCUGCAGGAGCCCAAGAAGCAAGAGUCCUGAAGUGCUACUCUGGAGAAACACCAACCGGGGGUCUUGCUGCUACUUUCCUGACAACUGUCCCCACUGUGCAGCUGGUCGGCUUCAGUGGCCAGCAAGGUGUCACCUUGCCUCUGCUGAGACAGUGACUCAUGGGAAGGGGCCUGCUGAGGAGGGGAAAGAAUGCAGAGAGGAGAGGGAAGGUCCUGCAGCCACCACUUC